UCUCCGUACAGGAGCAGUCCAGCUCCCUGUCCGGGAAGGCUCGUCCCCCGUAGCUCGGAAUGUUCCCGGAACUCAAUAACCUUCUCAACACCACUCCUGACAGGGCGGAGCAGGGGAAACUGACUCUGCUCUGUGAUGCCAACACAGAUGGCAGCUUCCUUGUGCAUCACUUUCUCUCCUUCUACCUCAAAGCUAAUUGUAAAGUCUGCUUUGUGGCACUGAUCCAGUCCUUCAGUCACUACAAUAUCGUGGGACAGAAGUUGGGUGUCAGCCUGACUGCGGCACGGGAGUGCGGGCAGCUUGUGUUCCUAGAAGGUCUUAAGUCUUCAGUGGAUGUUUUCUUUCGGACUCAGGCCGAGCCACACCCCUUGCAGUUCCUCAGGGAGGCCAAUGCUGAGAACCUGCAGCCACUGUAUGAGUUUGUGAGGGAGGCUCUGAAGCCUGCAGAUGAUGGAGAGGCUGCGUGGAGGUGCCCGGUGCUGCUGGUGGACGACCUCAGUGUGCUGCUGAGCCUGGGCAUGGGGGCAGUGGCUGUGUUGGACUUCAUCCAUUACUGCAGGGCCACCGUGUGCUGGGAAUGGAAGGGAAACAUAGUGGCCCUGGUGCACGACAGUGGAGACACCGAGGACGAGGAGAACAACAUCCUUUUGAACAGCCUUAGUCACCAGAGCCACCUGAUCCUGCGGGCCGAGGGGCUGGCCACAGGCUUCUGCAGGGACGUGCAUGGGCAGCUAAGGAUCCUCUGGAGGACACCAUCACAGCCCACAGCCCAGCGAGAUCGGAGCCUCACUUACCAGUACAAGAUCCAGGACAAGAGCGUGUCCUUUUUUGCCAAAGGAAUGUCUCCUGCUGUUCUAUGACCUGAUUGAGGGGCAAAUGUAGCUACCUUGGACUGCUUUCAGAUGUGAAAGAUAAAGCAACGAGUAGGAGUGGAUCUGCACGCCUUUGAAGUGGUGUUUCGGCCUGGAUUGGGAGCUCCACUGUGACCUGGUGCAGUGGAAUGGCGCUGUGAUGGUACGCCUUUGUUCUCCUGGGCCCUGCACAUAAGAAAUCACAACCCAGCCUCUGCUGAGAGAGAUGCCACAUAUUGAAACCGGGUGACAGUCAUCCCGGGAGCCUUUCAUUAAAUACACUUUAGCCUCAACUGCCCGUUUUUGGCUGUCAUGCCUUUCAGGGCCAGAGCAGGUAUGAAUGUGUCAGCCAGGGCACAGUCCUGGAUGGCAGGCAUUCAGGUGACAACUUGGAUAAUUACGGCUGUAGUAGGGAGUCCUACAUCAUGGCUUCCUCAUGAUGGAUUGUCUCAUUUUUCACCUUCAUCCAGCAAAGGUGUUUUCCCUUUAGUUCAGUAAGAAAACCAGCCUAAAGAGGUUUGGAAGGAUGCUCAUAGUUAUAGAGAAGGCUGUAGAUAGCGGAGCCUGACUCUGAAGUCCGCACUUGCUGACUGACCCCAUGGAACCCAGGGGCAGGCUCCCCAUCCAGUUCACAGCCUCACUUCCUCCUGGGUGUGUGGUCCCUGGCCCAGGUGCUCAUGAAACCACAGCCUUGGUCACGUGAGGCUUCAUGGCUUUGGUGAGAGGUAAGGAGUGUUCUUGCCACCGGGCGGGAUGGGGCAUUGGCAAGUUGCUGCCUCCCUCACCUGUGAAGACUGAAGAGGUGAGCUCUUGCCCCUGCGUCCCACAGAUGCCAGCUUGUCACCCUCAGCCCAUCUGUCAGGAUCACCUCAGGAGGCACUGAGGGUAUUCCCUCAAACUGGGUACAUUGUGUUGUUGUACCACAAUGAAUUUGCUUUUAAAACCAAAUAAAAUGAAAAAAGAAAAUAACACUGCAGGGACUAAAGAAAUUUCAUACCUGUUGUUUAAUUGUAACUUUUUCACAUUUUGUAGUCUUCAUAAGAGGAAACAACUUCUCACUCCUCCCCUCAGAUUAUACUAUUGUGUUGGUUACCCCACUGAUAACCAGUAAUAGUAGCUGCUUUUCUUCCCAAAAUAUUGCAGGCCAGGUAGAAUAUUUGAAAAUUGUGAAUGUAACUAACCUAAGGGAAAGUGGUUACUGAAGAAUCUAAUGAUUUUUUUUAUUAGUACUUCAAUAUUUAUGUCAGCUUCACAUGAGCUACAGUUCUGAAUGGGCAAGACACCACGAAACAUCUCUUAGGGUAUGAAUGUUGUGUUAUGUUUCUCCACUUAAUUUAUAAUUGAGUUUACUAAAUUCUUAAUGUUGAAUGCCUCCUGAACAUUUUAUGGUGUCAUUUUGAUUUGCUUAGCUAUUCUCUGAGUGUGUAGGCUCUAGGUUUUGUAAUUAUAAAUCAUGUUGUUAUGAACUUUACAUAUUAUACCUGUUUUGAGGUGGGGGCAAAUACUUGUGUCCUUAGAACAUUCAUUCAUUCACUCAACAAAUACUGAGCACCUUAAAAAAUUUUUUUUCUAAAGUUUAUUUUUGAA